CCCCCUCCGACCGCCCACACACGAGCAGGGGGAGAAAGUGCUUUGUCAAUGAGGACACAACGCUGGGAGCGGCAGAGAUUGAAACAAAGUUUCCGAAUAUCUCUCUCGGGAAUACAGAAACGGGUUCAUUCUCUGUUGGAUUGUAACAUUGUUUCGAUAAUCCCGUCGUCGCGGACGGGACACUGAAAUACAGUAAAUCACGUCGCUAUUUUGUAACCCUGUGUGGCACUGAUGAUUUCGAAUGACAACCGUUUCGUCGCUGAUGAAGCAAUAGCUUACCGUGACUUGAAUAGCGUCUUCUAUGCAACAAGUUGUGGUCUUGAAUGGGAUUUGAACUGAUUAUAUUCAAUACAGUUCCAAUAUUUACACUAUAUGGCUACAAAUCACGUAGAGUAGCCUAGUUGGGUAUUUUAAUAUUUUUUUAGCAGGCAACUUUCUUCGUUUUCCUUGCGCUACCGAGUGCCGUAGUCGAGCCAAUAUAUUUACCGUCGUUGUGCUUCCCUGGAAACGUUUUUGGUAAGAAACGAUCAAAAAUUGAAUAACACACAUUUUUAUUUUAACAGUGCAUGCCGAAGAUUACAGCUACGUUUGGUUAGUUCAUGGUUCAGGAAACUAUUGGGGAAAAAAGUAUGCCCUUUCACUUUUUUGAGAAUAAAUAAAUAAAAUGCACAGUUUGCAAAUGUUAACAUAAAUACAUUAUUUUGGAUGAACCCACUUCCUAGUAGUCUACAUGUGAUUUUUCAAGAAAUGCAGGAUUUAUCCUUACUGUGACUCAUGACAGAGACAUGCAUUCCCGAUCAUAUUCUUGUUUUGAUGACUCAUUCAUUCAAUGCUCCCUUUGGGCAAAUGUCAGGUUCUACUAGCCUAGAUUGCAACAUGCACCACAGUAACCUAGUCCUCAACCUGUCUGUACUUGUCAAACCCGAAGAAAACAGUUCAGAGGUUGCCCUGUGUGAUGAAGACAGUUGAAUUGAUAUCCUCACUCCAGCUCCAUUUUAUCUUCUGUGACUUCUAGGCAAUAGUUGUUUUCAUGCCUCAAGUGUCUUCCUCAUUUUCUUAAUCUUUCAGAGACCGUCUGCCCUCCAUGCAUUUUAGCACUGACAUUUUUUGUUAAGUAGAGAGCCAUGAUGGGAAGACUGGCCCUUCAAGUGUUCACAGCGUACGCUGUUUGUCUGUCCGUGUGUCUGGUUGCGCCAGUCAAGGGAGAUCACUGCCUCAUCAUCAGUGAGGUUAACGCAGACAACCCCAAACUGGACACCACCGAGUUCGUUGAGCUCUAUCAUACCGGUGGUCAGAGGGCUUCAGUGGACGGCUACACCCUGGUGUUCUACAAUGGAAAUGGCAAUGUAGCCUACAAAGUACUGGACUUGAAGGGCCACACCACGGACGACCGGGGCUUCUUCCUGGUUGGCUCGGUGGACAUGCAGCCCAAACCAGCCAUCCUCCUCUCGCCCAACACCGUCCAGAAUGGCCCGGACGCCAUUGCGCUUUACCACACGUCCGCCACACGCUACGGGGAGAAGAUGAACGCCACAGCCGUGGGGCUGGUGGAUGCCAUCGUUUACGUGACGCGGCAGUCUGGGGGCGCGGAGGUCCUGGCCGAGACGUUGACCCCUGGGGAGCCGGCCUUCGUAGAGGACGAGGGGGCCCACGAGGGAGACGAGUCAAUCGAAAGGUGCCUGGUCUCUGGGGAAAGCUGGGGCUUCCAGGUGGCCCUACCUUCACCUGGCCAACGCAACCACUGCACACCCCCUGAUUCCAGUGCUGCCACUACGCGUAUCAGCGAGCUGAAGCUGGGAGGGGGGCAGGUGGACGGGUUUGUGGAGCUAAGUGAGUCCCAGGCUGCAGGACCUCUAGUGCUGCUGGUACUAGACGGGCGGACGGAAACGAUCAGUGCGAGUGUGGACGUGUCCAACUCCAGGGAAGGCCUGAUCUCCAUCACCAUUGACAAGAACAACAUGAAAGGAGAUGAGUCUGGGGCGGUGGCGCUGUAUAGUGGCAAGGCCUCCGACUUCCCUGUGGGCAGCCCUCUGAGCCAGACGCAGCCCUUAGAUGCCUUUGUGUACGUUGGACCAGGGGACCAACCCAAUGCCAACCUCACAGAGACCCUCAUACCAGGCAGACAGCCCUACCAGCUCAGUGCCAGUUUUGGGGAGGGAAGCCUCUACCUCAGUCGCUGUGGUGUGGCCAGUUGGACCAGAGACCCCGGUGUAUUCUGGGAAGCGCCACAAACCCCCGGACAGCCCAACCAGUGCCCCUGGCCAAAUAUUUGUCCUCACGUCACUGUAGUCCCUGGGAGUACGGAGGUGCCCCCUCACCUCCCGCCCUGGGCCCGGGGUGACUUCCUGAUCAGCGAGCUAAAUGCAGACAACCCGGGCUCGGCCGAGGACGGCGAGUUCAUCGAGCUGUGGCACCCGUCGGGCCGCCGCAUCUCCCUGCAGGGAGUGUGGCUCCUCCUGUUCAGUGGACACAACAGCAAGCCCUACCGUGAGAUCAGCCUCACAGGCCACUUCACCACUGCCCAAGGCUACUUCCUGGUGGGCAGUGAUAGGCUGGUCCCGGCUCCCUCGGUUCGCCUGCCUCCCAACACCAUCCAGAACGGGCCGGACGCAGUGGCCCUGUACCGCAGUGCCUUUGGCCCGCCCUCAGCCUCCCAGAACAGGAUCCCGACCCAGGGGUUGCUGGACGCGGUGGUGUACCGGCUGAGGGGCUCGGACAAGGACGCCCAGGAGCUGAGUGACGCGUUGACCCCAGGACAGCUCCCCCUGCUGGAGGACCCAGAGGUGCAGUCCGGAGACGAGGCCUUGAGCCGCUGUAAUGGCCUGCUGCCUGCUGACCUGUCUGCUUUUGUGGUGGCCCCACCCACCCCUCUGAGGGAGAACUCUUGUCCCCGCCCACCCCCUCCCCCCGAGGGUGUGGUCAUCAGUGAGGUGGGCGGUGCCCACUGGACCAACCACAGCCAGCAGAGCGGGUUUGUGGAGCUGUUAGGAUCGCCCCUGACUUCUCUACAGGGCCUGGUCCUGACUGUGUUUGAAGAGUAUCGCGCCGGUACGACUAUGGCCCUCCCUCUGACCGGAAUCACAGACCAUAACGGCUUCUACCUCAUCGGGAACGUCACAGGAGCAGACCAGGUGUUUCCCAAGGGGGCCACAAUUCCGGCCAAUGGGGCUGUAGUCCUGUGUUCUGACACAGUCACUGUGUGUAGAGCUGGUACCACCCUAACCAACAGCACUCUUCGUGACACACUAGUGUUCAGUGAUGACCUGAGAUUGCUCAUUAAACUCUCUGCCACCAGAGGGCAGCAGGUGAUGCCUGUACUCAGGUCAGUGGAGGACGGUCCCGUGUCUCUCAGCCGUUGCUCCUGUUGCGAGGCGAGAAGCCCCUCCUCCUGGACCAGCUCCUCCCCCACCCCGCGCCUGACCAACAUCUGCCCCAGCCCCGCUUUCUCCAGCGACCUCAACCUAUGCCUGGCUCCCCUCUCCGGUGAUUGGCAGGAGCACCCAGGAAACUGCAGUGGACUGGUGCAGGGUCACAGUGAGAUGGAUGUGGCUGGCUAUCUAGAGGAAAGAUGUCACUGUGGGAUCUCUGCCCUUUACCUGCAGGUGGCCAACUACUCCUGUGUGGCCGGGUGGCUCCAUGUACUGGGGAACAUCCAGGCCCUGUCGGACCAUCAGAGGGCCCUCAUCCUCCAGACCUCCCUCACCCAGGGGGACACCUGUACCGACCCGGCUACUGACCGAAGCAUGAGCACUGAGUCUGCCCUGGGCCUGCAGAUUGGCCUGGUGCUGGGAGCUCUACUGCUACUGGGACUGGGAGCAGCCCUCUUUACCUACCUCUACAAAAAGAGGCGACCAUUGGACUAUUACUCCAUGGAGCUGAAUGAACCUGAAGAGGGCCCUUCAGAACUUUAAGUGCGUGUGCAUAUGAGGGAACAUUUCUUAGCUCUGGUGUGUGUUCUUCUGUCUGAUUUUUGAAUAGGGAUAUCCCGCUAGACAAGAGACCAGCACCAUUUUUGUUCAUGUUUAUGAAUUACCAUCUUUUUACAUUCCCUCCAUCAUAAUUCAGUCAAUGUUGCACAAGAUUUACUGCUAUGUAAUCAUGGUAAUACAGUCCUGUGCCUGCGUUUUCCUUCAAAUGUAAAACGCUCUCUCUUAAACAGAUCUGAAAGUGUAUAAAGUAACAAGACUACCAAUCUCAAAAGUAAUCAUGAGUGACCGGUACUAAAAGUUAUGUAGAUUUAUUUAGUUAAAAUGUGAAUGCUUGUGAUUAACCAGUGAUGAGUGUUGGUCAGAAUUCGUGUUGACAUUCUAUUAGUUGAGGAAAAGGAAUAUGAAAGACAAUACGCAUAUGGAGCCUCUCUCCUCUACUUGGAGCUAUGGAGUCCUUUAUAAGCACAAAGCUAUUUUAUGGUAAUUUCCCCCCCCCCCCCCCCCCAAAAAA